AAUUCAAAAAAAAGAUAAAAAAAAAAAAUUCAAAAUUAUUUAUUAUAUAUAUAAUAUAAUAUAAUAUAAAUUUUUUUUUUUUUUUUUUUUUUUUUUAAAAAUUCAAUUCUUUUUUUUUUCUGUUAUUAUUAUUUAAUUAAUAAUAGAUAAAAUUGUUAAUUAAUUAUAAAAUUGUAUUAUAAAUCAUAAUUAUUAUAAAUAUAUUAAAUAUAAUAAUCUUUUUUUUUUUUUUGUAAUAAUAGUAAAAUAAAUAAUAGAUAAAAUUUGUAAUAAUAAAUAUAUAAUAUAAAACUAUUUAAAUAAUAAUAAAAAAAUGAUCAGUAAUUUUUUUAAUAAAUCGAGCGAUAAAGAAUAUAGCGAAGAAGAUUUUAAAAAUGAUUCAAAGACACUCUAUAAGAGCAUCAAAGAAGGAAAUGUUAAACAAGUAAAAAAGUUAUUAUCGUCAAAUAGAAAAGGUGGAAAGUUAUUAACCUCGGUCGAUGAUUUAGAUCAAUCACCACUUAUGAUUUCAGCAAGAAAUAAUAAUUUAGAAAUGUUUGAAUUGAUAUUAUCAUAUUAUAAGAUUUGUAAAGUCGAUAUCAACAAUCCAGAUAAAAAUGGUUACACAUGUCUUCAUCAUUUCCUUUCUAUGUCAAACGAUAUAAACCCAAAUAUUAUUUCAAUAUUACUAGAGAUUGAAGAUAUUCAUGUCAAUGUUAAUAACCGUGAUUUAAAUACACCAUUUCACUAUUUCUGUCAAAAGUUUCGUGCACCAAACAAUGGCCAAUUAAAGGAAAUUUUCGAUAAUCUUAUUAAAAAGGGUGUAAACGUCAAUGCAAUCAACAAGAAUGGUGAAUCCCCACUCCAUAAAGCAAUCUUCAAUACCACUGUAGCUCAAAGUAUGAUCACUUUAUUGUUAGAGAACAAAUCAAAUGUAAACGUUGUCAAUAAGAAUGGUGAAUCACCUCUCCAUUAUUGUGUUAGAAUGGGUCGUGCAGAUUUAGUCACAAUUUUGCUUCAAUAUGGUGCCGAUCGUACUGCUGUUGCCAAAGAUAACAAGCCAUUAUACCAAAUUGCCAUUGAUGAAAACUUUACCAAGUUGGCCGAUCUUCUCAAAGACGGUGGUGAUUUAUCAAAGAUUAGCGAUGGUGCCUCGACCGAAUUAAUGUCGCUCUUACAAAAUCCAACUCUUCGUGAAGACUUUAGAAAGUUCCUUAGAGAAGAAUUAAUUUGUGAAGAAAAUAUAAACUUUUGGACCGAUGUCGAAGCUUACAAGUAUUUAAAAGUUGACUAUUUCAGAUUGUUAAAAGAAUUUUACAGAAUUUACGAUAAAUAUAUUUUAGAUAACUCUCCAUUCGAAAUCAAUAUACCCUAUACAGUCAAAUAUACAGUUUUAAACUUUAAAAAGAAUUUACCACCACAAAUCUCACCAAGUGCAAGCAAUAGUAGUAUUUCAAGUAGCAAUAGUAAUGAAAAUAUUUUAAAUUUAAACGGUAACAACAAUAGCGGUUUUUCACUUUCAACAACUCCAAAUAAUAUAACAACAUCAUCUUUAGAAGUAAACUCAACCAUUGAUCCAAACUGUAGUAAUAAUAAUAUUUUAAAUAAUAAUAAUAGUAAUCUCAAUAGUAACGGUAAUAAUAAUAAUUAUCUUUGUGUUAAUAGCGCUAAUAACUCUUCAUCUGCUUCCUCUUCAAAUCAAUCAUCUCCAAUCAUUUCUGGUAAUAAUUUAGAUAUUGAAAAGCUUCAAUCAAUCUUUAAUACUGCUCAAUGUCAUAUUUUUAAUUUAAUGUGCAGCGACUCUCUUUCAAAAUAUAAAAAAAAAUCUUUUUUAAAUAAAUAA